AUGGCUGUGUAUGUGCCAAAAUCUGCCAUGCACAGAAUUGCAGGUAGCAAAAGUAACUUCCUCCUCCAAUCCGGAUUUUUUUUUUUUUUUGGUCUCGCAGCCCCGCCGCCUGAGUCACACAAACCGCAGACUGCGGUUAAUGUGAGGAAAAAGGAGCAAACGGGGCAGAAUGUAGCUUUUUCAUACAGGUCUGCAGUAACUGUUGGGGACAUGUUUCUUUUAGUUUUGAUCAGUCUGGUCCUUCCCUGUGCUGGCAUGGAAGAUGAGGGCAAGCUGAGAACACAGAGUGUAUAUGUGGACAGAGCGUCUUGCGCCAGUGGGGGCAGAUGUUUUGGUCAGCAGUGCUUCACCUCCCUCUCAGUCGUGAAUGGGACAUCAGUCUUCCGGCAGGGCUGCAUUGUGGGUAAUGGUGAAGAGUCCAUACGCUGUGGAGACCCACCGACUCCUGAUAUGACCGUAGAGUGCUGUGAGGGUGAUUUGUGUAACGAAAACAUCUCCUUGCACUUACCAGUGACAGUGCCGGCUUCUGGCAGACCGGUCCUUAGAGACCAGGCGUGUGUGUGCGAGGGCGAAGUGUGUGAGCGUGACCAUCGCUGUACAGGCCAGCAGUGUUUCUCCUCCAUGAAGAUGACUGAUGGGGUGGCUGUUCAAAAGAGAGGCUGCCUGAUGGAUGACGAGGAGGGCAGAGCCACCUGUGCCAUGCCGCCCUCGUUGACCCAUGCCAUCAAGUGCUGUCAAGGCCAUCUGUGUAACAUGAAUGUCACUGUGCAAGCUGCAGGGAAAGAGGAGGUGGUGAAGCCACUGAUGAGAGAGACGCAUGAAUGCGUAUGUGAGGGCAGCUCAUGUCAAACAGGCCGUUGUACUGGUCACCAGUGCUUCUCAUCUUUGACAGUCAGUGCUGGAUCUCGAUUAUACCAGAAAGGGUGCUUUCAGAUCUAUGAGCAGAGCACAAUGACCUGUAAGACCCCGCCUUCCAGGGACCAGAUUGUGGAGUGCUGUCAUGGACAUCUGUGCAACAUGAACAGUACAGUGGAGCUGCCUGUCCAAGCUGGUGAGCUGCCAAACAACAGCGUGACCACAGUGGCAAUGAUCAUCACAGCACUCAUCAUCGUCUUCAUCAUCCUAUCUGUGGUAGCUGUUUUGGUCUUCAGGCGUAUCCACCACAGCCAAAUGGAGAGGCUAACAUCACGAGAUGCUGAAUAUGGAACUAUUGAUGGCCUUAUCGCAUCUAAUGUAGGGGAAAGCACUCUGGCGGAUCUGUUGGAUCAUUCCUGCACUUCUGGAAGUGGAUCAGGUCUUCCAUUUCUUGUGCAGAGAACUGUUGCUCGACAGAUUACACUCAAUGAAUGUGUGGGUAAGGGUCGUUAUGGCGAAGUGUGGAGAGGUCAGUGGCAGGGAGAGAAUGUUGCUGUCAAAAUCUUCUCCUCUAGAGAUGAGAAGUCAUGGUUUAGAGAGACGGAGAUCUACAACACAGUACUGCUGCGGCACGAGAACAUCCUGGGCUUCAUAGCGUCUGACAUGACGUCGAGGAAUUCAAGCACUCAGUUGUGGCUGAUCACUCACUUUCAUGAGAUGGGCUCCCUGUAUGACUACCUUCAGCUCAGUACCUUAGAUGCGUCCAGCUGCCUCCGCAUGGCGCUCUCCAUUGCAAGUGGUCUGACACAUCUCCAUGUAGAAAUUUUUGGCACUCAGGGCAAACCGGCCAUCGCCCACCGAGACCUUAAGAGCAAAAACAUCCUGGUCAAAAAGAACGGACAGUGCUGCAUCGCGGACCUUGGUCUGGCCGUUAUGCAUUUUCAAGACACCAAUGAAUUAGAUGUGGGGAACAACCCUAAAGUAGGAACAAAGCGAUACAUGGCCCCAGAAGUGCUCGAUGACUCGAUCCAGAUGGACUGCUUUGAGUCCUUCAAAAGAGUUGAUAUCUGGGCUCUGGGGCUCGUGCUGUGGGAGAUCGCCAGGAGGACGGUCAGCAACGGUAUCGUAGAAGACUACAAGCCACCUUUCCAUGAUGUGGUCCCUACUGAUCCCAGCUUUGAAGAUAUGAAGAAAGUUGUGUGUGUGGACCAGCAGAGGCCCAACAUCCCAAACAGAUGGUUCUCGGACCCAACUCUAACUUCCAUGGCCAAACUCAUGAAGGAGUGCUGGUACCAGAACCCAUCAGCCAGAUUAACAGCAUUGCGCAUUAAAAAGACUCUGACAAAGAUAGAUAACUCUCUGGACAAAAUCAAAAUGGACAUUUAAGCCUGUGUUGAGAAGUGCAGACCUAAAAGGAUUUUGAAGACGUCCGGAGGCUGUAAAGAAACCUCAGAAGAAAGAGACUUAACGGCUUAAGUGCCCUUAUAGUGGCACAGAAAUGUAUUUAUUUUGAAACACUUAGGACAUAUUUUGGCAUCCAAAAAUGCAGAGCUGAGACUGCAUUUCUCAGACCGUCGGUGGUCUUGGAAAGUAGGAUAGUAUUCAUUGUAACAUAGGAGCUGGACUGCUAGCAACAUUCUUCAAGGUAGAAACCAUUACUUGGGCAUUUGAGUAAGUUGGCAUUUGUUAGUAGGACAGAUCUCUUUUUCAUGAAUUUAGGUUGGAAAAACUUCUGAAAGCAUUUCAUUUAAUAGUUUGCUUUCAGUGCACUACAUUCGUUUUCAUCACAGCGGAUUCAUUGGAAUUCGAUGUGCCAAAAGGACUUGCCAAUUUUUUUUCCCACUUUUUAGGGAUCAGAGCAUGUUGUUUUACUUUCUCAUGUGCAACUGUUUACACUGCUGCCCGAACAAGUUUCUUCAGUCUUGUCAUGUUUUGUUGUAUUAAUGUUGUUUUUUAAAGCUAUUGUCAAACUAAAGGUACCUGUUUUAAUAUCGCCAUAUAUUUACACUGACGUAUGUACCUGUUUUGUUUCUUCAGCUUUACAGAUAUAAUUACUAGAACAUCAAAUAAAAUAUCUGCUAGAUGUUGCUGAAAUAUAUUUCUACAUUGGCAGAAAGUCAGCCUGUCUUAUUGUCUGCAUUAAGUAUCUGAAGUCGAACUUCAGAAAUUUUAAUUCCUUUAACUUUUUUUAUUAGUGAUUUCUAUGAAUUAAAAACAAGAGAUGUA